AUGCACCGCGCACGCUCGGCGGUGCUCACCUCAGAUGAAAUUGUGGAGGUGCGCGCGGCCCAACGAACCUUUGAAGGGGCCUAUGUCCGAACUGCACUCUCCCAGUUCUCCUUCGCCUUGGUGGUAUUCAAGAUCUUCACCGCCGAGUUCUACAGUAUCGGGGCCCUGUUCGCCAUCUACGGCACGGGGGUCCUGAUCAUCGGACUCUUUCGACGCUCUCAAGGCAACAAACAGUUCUUUGCUGAAGUCGGGGAGGAUGGAAUCCAUCGCCAUAAAUUCCGGACCAGUGGAAAUGCAGUGCUGGUCUUGACAGCACUGAGUAUCGCGGCAUACGCGUGCUUGAUUGGCUUGACCUUGAACCUGAGCACCUGA